AUGAAUACUUCUUCCCCAUCUUCUUCUUCCUCCACCAACAUACAUACCCCAUCUGAUCCUAUAGACUCACCUAUUUCUGUUUCACAAUCCCCCCAAAAUACUUCUUUGCCUAUUGCUGUUAGGAAACCAACCAGACAAAUUGUUAAACCUCUCAAGUACAAUGACUAUGUUCUGAAUUUAGGAACCACACAUGUCAAAGCUAUAUAUCCUUUGGUUGCUUGCUUGUCAUAUGAUAACCUGUCUCCAGGAUAUAAGAAAUAUGUGCUGGCUCUGGAAUCUACACAUAUUCCUGCAAACUUUGAGGAAGCAGUUCAGAUUGAGGCAUGGAAGAAAGCUAUGGAUGUGGAAAUCGAAGCUCAGGAAGCCAACAGAACAUGGGACAUUGUCCCCAGACCACUUAACAAGAGAGUCAUAGGGAAUAGAUGGGUGUAUGCCAUUAAGUUUCUGUCUGAUGGAGAAAUUGAAAGACACAAAGCCAGGCUGGUGGCUAAAGGGUUUACACAAAUCUAUGGAAUUGAUUUCCUAGAUACCUACUCACCAGUAGCCAAGUUAAACUCAGUCAAGACCCUUUUGGCUGUUGCAGCAGCUAAGAAUUGGCAGAUGAUACAGUUAGAUGUUAGCAAUGCUUUUCUGAAUGGGGACCUUGAGGAAGAUGUAUACAUGGAACUGCCUCCUGGAAUCAACAAACCAGGUUAUGUAUGCAAGUUAAGGAAGUCCCUUUAUGGCCUCAAGCAAGCAUCUAGGCAAUGGUUUGCCAAGCUUACAUCAGUGCUACUGUCCUUUGGGUAUAUCCAAUCUGCAAAUGAUUACUCAAUGUUUUCUCAUCGUUCAUCCUCUGGUAUUUCAGUUCUCUUGGUCUAUGUAGAUGAUAUAAUCAUUGCAGGGGAUGAUACAGUGAGCAUGCAGGCUUUGAAACAACAUUUGAGCAGUCAAUUUAAGUUAAGGGAUCUUGGCCAUCUCCAUUAUUUCCUUGGUUUAGAGAUGGCUAGAUCCAGGGAGGGUAUUCACAUAUGCCAAAAGAAAUACUGCACUGACCUUUUGAAAGACACAGGAUUUGUAGAUUCUAAACCUGUUGCCACACCAAUAGACAUGAAGACCAGAUUAUCAGCAGAUGAUGGACCUCUUAUGGAGGAUCCCACAGCUUACAGAAAGAUAAUUGGUCGAUUGCAUUAUUUGACAAUUACUCGACCUGAGAUUACAUUUGCAGUUCAACAGUUAUGUCAGUAUCAAGCUGCUCCUACAACUACACAUUUACAGCUUGCAUACAGAGUUCUGAAAUAUCUUAAAAAUGCUCCUGGCCAAGGUCUUUUCUAUCCAUCUUCUUCUGAUCUAAAGCUAAGGGGAUAUAGUGAUUCGGAUUGGGCUUCAUGUCCUGACACCAGGAAGUCAACAACUGGUUGUUGCAUCACAUUUGGAUCUUCUCUGAUCAUAUGGAAAUCGAAGAAACAAGGGACAGUUUCCAGAUCAUCAUCCGAAGCAGAAUACAGGGCUCUGGCUCAACUUACAUGUGAGGUGGUCUGGGUAAAGAGAUUACUGCAAGAACUAGGAAUUGAACAUCCACAACCAGUGAAUCUCUUUUGUGACAAUUGA